GCAUCUCUGUGACGUCUGCUCAGCCGUCUGUCGGCCCUGAAAGGUGCGGGCUCGCUUUGCACGCGGAGCUUAAUCCCUUCUCGCCCUCGUGUCUGUGAUUUAGCCGCGGCGUCAGACGAAGACGGGGCUGUCGCGUCGCACGUGUUAAACCGAAGCAGCCCAGCGGUGCCUGGUGUUUCAGCCCGGACAUCUCUCUAGCCAUCUGCCAAACAGGUCGCUCCUCGUCGCCUGGGACAGUAUGAGCCGAGGAGCUCUCGCCGAGCUGAAGUGCCUCUGAGCAAAGCACUCGAGUGCACUGAAUUAUGUACAAGGCUACAAAAAGGGCGAGAUUAGUCUCCAGUUGAAGUCCGAGGCGUAACGCUAGAGUACACGGGGCCCUCCUUGCGAAUACACGGCUAUAAGGGAGGUUUCAAGUGAAUGAGAACGGACGGCUUUAGGAACUGGAUCGUGAUGAGCAGCCAAGGGUUCUAUCCGGCGGAACGUUCGGGGAGUCUCCCGUGACAGGAAACGCUGCGUCCCCGCAUCAGGUGGACGCGCUGAGGCAUCACGUCAGAGUUUACAUCCACCCCAUCUACAGAUGUGUAGCGCUUCACUCCGUUUGGGAGUGAAUUCAUCAGUGUGCUGACACGCAGCCGAACAAAGACCGGACCGCUUCAAACACAACGAGAAUGGGCUUUCACCUGGAAGAAGCAGCGAGAGCAUCAUGGGAAUCCUGGGGUGAACCUCGUUCCUUCCCACACAAGUCCGGGCGGUUCUGGGGGUAGAGGGGAGCUAAAUGCGGCUAACUGGCGACCCUGCUCCGGGAACCAUGAACAGCAGCGGAUCUGGCAACUUCUUGCUGGUUCCCAUACCAGAGUAUCCCCUGCUGGACUGUGUGCCCAACAAGACGGUGAAGAUCGUGGUUCUGGGGGCGAGCAACGUCGGGAAAACCGCUCUGAUUGUCAGGUUUCUGACCAAGCGCUUCAUCGGGGACUACGAAGCCAACACGGGAGCGCUCUACUCCAGAAAGGUCACGCUGGAUGGGGAGGAAGUGUCUCUUCAGAUCCAGGAUACUCCCUGCGUCGCUCUCCAGGACGACGCCGAGGGCCUGUACUGCCAGGAGCAGAUCAACAGGUCCAUCUACUGGGCCGACGGCUACGUGCUGGUGUUCUCCAUCACGGACAGCAGCAGCUACCGCACCGUCCAGCCGCUGUACCAGCACGUCAGGCGCAUUCACCCGUCUGGAAACAUCCCUAUUAUACUGGUUGGAAACAAGAGCGACCUGCUCCGAGCCCGACAGGUGCCGGCAGACGAGGGCGAGACGUUAGCAUCUUCGCUAGGAGGCGUUUACUUUGAGGCCUCGGCCAGAGAGAACCACGAGGGGGUCCACACCGCCUUCCUCCACCUCUGCCAGGAGGUGAGCCGAGCUUUGGGGGGAGGGAACGGGGAGAAGAGGCGAGCAGGCCUCCACCUGGCCCGGCCCAAAUCUCCAAACAUGCAGGAGCUGAAGAGGAGGUUCCGACAAGUCCUUUCCUCCAAAGUCAAGUCAGCCACCACUAUCUGAGGGACAGGACCAGCAGCCAGACAAAGCCUGCAAGGAGCUUCGCUCCGAGGAGGAUCCGGUUCGACUCUGACAGACGAUGAAAGAUGUCAGGAGGAAGUGAAGCCAACAGCAGCAACAGACUCAUCGGCGCUUUUCUGCAGCGAUGGGAACUUUUUAAUGAGCACAGACAGUUACCAUGAUGACGAGAAGCACAAAGAGGCACAUAGUGGCCGGUCAGCGCAGCCUCGCUCUGGACUCACAUGCAGAGGAUGGUGCUCGACGCAGAAACCGCUAAUUAAACAGUCUGUGUUGCGCCAAAACCUUAAUGCGAACCAAAAAAAUCAAAUGUUUUCAUUCACCCUCUGGCUUUCACAGUUUGUUGGACUCUGGUUUCAGGGUUUUUAAUCACUGUGAGACUUUUUUAUUUUGCUGAUACCAAAUAAACAGAAUAUACUUUG